AGCCGGUACCGACAAGAAUGCCCACAGACUUCUUUUGGUUGGUAGUAUCGUUCUUGUUUCGCUUGGGCUCCUUGGACUACUGUGUGGCGCUUAUAAACAUUACUUUGUUGAUGAUGGUGAUGAUGCGAACAAUGAUCAUGGUUUGGGUACCAGCCAUGAACAUGUUAUCAUCAACAUCACGGAGUUGGCCAGUGUUAACCCCUCCAUCCUCAUCCGAUCAAUCCCCGUCGUUGAUUUUGACCCUCAGAACUUUGAGGACGGCGUCGAGUGUAUCGUUUGUCUUUCUGAGUUCGAAGAAGGAGACAAAGCCAAGCUCUUACCGAGCUGUAAACACUGGUUUCACGCCCAUUGCAUCGACGCUUGGCUUGUGUCGCACACCACUUGUCCUAUCUGCAGAACGAGAGUACGCCUGUUCCAAACUAACGAACCAAGUUCCGGCAAUCUAACUUGUUCUUCUGAUGAGCAUUCAGUAGAUGUGACGGAGGUUGUAGUAGUAGACAUCCCGACAGCCUUCGAAGUUGGAGAUUUGGGCCCAUUACAUCCAUGA